UCGAUUGAGCAUUUGUUCAAAAAGUUUCGUAGUGAGACAGAGAUUUCUCAUUCAGUAGUGAAUGGUUUAAAAUUUAUAUUCUGAAUAUAGCACCAUUAUAAUAUUAAUGCAGAGAUAAUGGUGAAGUGCAGCAAGGAUUCUCUGAUUCGGUUCGUUAGACAGAACCUGUUGAUUCUGCUCACGAUCGGUGGUGUGAUCAUUGGAGCCGCACUCGGUUUAGGUCUUCGAAAUAUUGACCAUGCGAGGGAGAUAUGGACAUCCAGAAAUGUUAUGUACGUCAACAUGGUUGGAGAUUUAUUUCUCCGGCUCAUAAAAUCAAUCAUUUUACCGUUAAUUGCAACUUCGUUGGUGUCGGCAAUUGGCUCAUUGGAUCAGGGCAUGUCGAAAAAGAUCGGUAGUGUUGCUUUGCUUUACUAUGUGACCACAACGUUCCUUGCGGUGACGGAAGGAAUUGUGCUUGCGGUGACGAUCAAACCUGGAAAAGGGUUUGGAGAGGGAAGCGUAGCCACAGACGAAACUCGACGAACCAAUGUUACCACCGUGGACACCUUACUGGAUCUUGUCCGCAACAUCUUCCCACCGAAUCUUGUGCAGGCGUGCAUACAGCAACAGCAGACCGUUCUGACACCACCUGAAAGUAAUCCAUCGGAAGAAAAUCUAAUCAAAUGGGACAUUUCCCAUCGCUACGUGGAUGGAACUAAUAUGAUUGGAAUAGUGGCAGCAUCAAUUUGUUUUGGAGUAGCACUGAGUGCUGUGAAAGAUCAGGUCAGCACAUUGUUGAGCUUCAUUCAGCAACUGUCGUUCGUUGUAAUGAAGAUAACCUGCUGGAUUAUAUGGCUCUCACCUAUAGGUAUUUUAUCCCUUAUAAUGGCUAAACUUCUGGAAAUGGAUGACCUUGCAGAUGUUUUUGAAAAACUUGGACUGUACUUUGUGGUCGUGGUUUGCGGAAUCGUUUUUCACGGUUUUAUAUUACUUCCGGCAAUAUAUUUUAUUGCAACUCGUAAAAAUCCGUAUCCCUUCCUCGCUAACAUGGGACAGGCGAUUCUAACAGCCUUCGGGACUUCAUCCAGUGCGGCUACGCUUCCCGUUACGCUGCAAUGCUUGGAGGAGAAGAACCAUAUCGACACUCGAAUAACCCGCUUCCUCAUUCCAAUCGGAACAACCAUUAAUAUGGAUGGAACGGCGCUUUAUGAGGCAGUUGCGGCACUCUUCAUUGCUCAGCUCCGAGGAAUCGACUUGACGAUUGGAAACAUAAUAGCGGUUGCAAUAACAGCCACUGCCGCGAGUAUUGGUGCAGCUGCGGUGCCGCAAGGAGGCCUAGUUACACUUGUAAUGGUGUUGGAUUCAAUCGGCCUUCCCAGCGAAGAUGUUUCCCUUAUCAUCGCUUUGGAUUGGCUAGUUAACCGAUUCCGUGCGGUAACAAAUGUUCUGGGUGAUUGCUUCGGAGUUGGUAUAGUUGCACACUACAGGAGAAAGGAUUUGCUUGAACCUGGUUUAGAAAAUCCGGUGGCAGCAGAGACUGAAGAAAUUUGUACAACAAAGCCUGACUCAAAUAGUUGAAAAAUCAUAAUUCAGUUGCCUAUGAAACACAAUUGUUUUUAGGUGCAUGAAAUAAAUACUACAUAAGG